CAAAAGAUACGCAAAACAAAAAAUGGAUCAAAAUUGUUGAAAUGUCCAUGAUCUUAUAAAGAUAUUAAAUUGAAUUGGUCAAAGUCUGGUGCAUCGACUGAUUUAACAAUGUCCUUCUUGCCACCAAAAUCGGCUAUUGUGAGGUUGACAUUAAUCUCAUUAUCUUCUUCGGUCACAAAAUGAGAUUCUUGUUCUUUAAUCUUGUAAUACUUCUUGCAAGAGCCUGCAACGUUUUUGCUAGCUUGACAAAUCUUAUGUCAGUAGCUAACAAACAAAUUUAAAACCAAAAUCAAAUGUUAUAAAUCUAAUAUAGUACCUAUUUUAACGCUAUAUUUUACAUUGAGAACUACAACAUACUGUUUUAGUAGUAAAAGUAAAUCAUUAUCGUAUCAUCUAGCCAUUCUGGAUUCACAAAUAACUUAUACAGCCACGUUUUGGACUCUAUUUUGUGCAUAUCCAGAAGAAACGGGACAUUGUGCAUGUUUUCCUCUUCAAUCCUGUACUUUCUAUCACAUCCUGAUAGAGUAUUAACUCCUAGAUUCUAGAGAGAAGUGAGAGCUAGAGAGAGAAGUGCAAUAAUAUGCUUCAAUAGAAUGAUUUUGUAACCCCUAUAACUACUCCCAAGGGGAGUAUUUAUAGAGAAAAUUAGGGUUGGGCUCCCAAGCCUUGGGCUUGGGAGGCCCAUUUACAACUGGACCGCUACUGGGCCGAAUACAAAGCCACUAAUGGGCUGUACAAAUGAGUAAGUAUAGGAUCCGAUUCUGGGAGGUCCUCGUGGCCGACGAGGGCGUGGCCGACGAGGGCACGGCCGACGAGGGCACGGCCGACGGGGGCACCCGGGUUCCUUGGACUCAGGAUCAUAAUCCGGGUUGGCUUCUUCUCGGCCGACAGGGGCGUCUUGGCCGACGAGGGCGCCACUCUGUUGUCUUGUGCUCUGUUCUUCCGAGUAUGUGGGUCCUGGGGCUCAGACCCAUAUACUCCAUCAGGAGUCCCCCACUCUCUAAGCUGAGAUGUAGACGAAGUGAAGGAGAGUAGAUUUCUGUGCUUUGUUGUUUUUGGCCGACGCGGGCAUUUCCAGGCCGUUAGCCGUUGCGGCGUUGGCGUUGUGUCCUCUUUGGUGAUCAUGUUCCUCGCUGUGGGCGGGGAGGCCGUUGUUUCCUUAAUUUGUUUUGGGACGAUGAGCGUCCUUUUUUCAACGGUGGCCGUUGAAGGCGCGCUUUCCCUUUCCUGGCCGUUGGUGGUUGAAGUUUAUGUUUGGGCCGGUGAGGUUGUUCCUUGCUUUGAGGAUGAUGGCGUCCUUUCCUUUGGGUGGCCGAUGAGGGUGCUCGCGCACUCCUUUUGGCCGUUGCUGGUUGGCCUUCGUGUUCUUGGCCGAAGGGCCCGUCAAGAUUAAUUGUUGGCGGAGGACGAUGAGUGUCCUUGCCUCUAGUGGCUUGUUUGCCGUUGCUAGUGACGUUAUGGGCCUUUGGCCGAUGAAGUUCCGUUGUGCUGUAUGGAUGAUGUGGCCAUGCUUUGUGGUUACCUUAUUCGCACUCUUUUGUUUUGUUGAGGCCGGUGUAGUCCCCCAGUCCCCCACUGCUUCAGGCCGAAGAGUGUGAGGGGUGAAGGAGUUGCUUGAGUCCCUGGCCGAAGCGGUCUCGCCGUAGUCCCCCUGAAUCCAACUCUCAUGGCGAUUUUCUGGCCAAGGUAACCCUGUGGGAGAACCCUUGUGCGCAGAUCGCUUGUAGAGAGUUAUCAUCAAGGGUUAUUACGAGGAGCCGAAGGCUGUGGGCUAUUUGUCCCCUUUGUUCUGUGGCCGUUACGUUCCUGGCCGUUGCCGUCCACUUAUUGUCUGGCAUUUGUGAUAUUGGCAAGCAGAUGGGACGUUGUGGGCGCUUGUUGGCAGUUGUAAAGCCGUUGAGCGUGUGUAGGCCGUAGAGUCUGAUUUGCCAGUGGGCCGUUGAUAUGGGUUGGUCCUGGCCCGUUGGUGACGUGGUGGCCCCCCAGUGAUGGCCGUUGAUGUGGCCAUUGGGAGAGUGCCACGUGUAGUGACCGUUGGUGGGGGGGUCUAUAAAUACCCCUUCCCCUCCGACGAAAAAUCACGUUUGCAUUCUGAAUUUGUCGAAGUGCUGGCCGAUUUUCUAGAGAGAUAAACUCCCAAGCUUGUUCUUCGUGUUCGUCAUUGUUUGAGGUUAGUGUUCAUCACGAUCUUCCUCGCUUUUCAUAUUUUGCUCCGUAAGUAGUUGAUCUAGUGUUAGGCAUCUAAACACCUUUAGAUCGUAAGUUCUCCUUAAGCCCGUAGUAGUAAUGAAGAGCUUGAACGACGACUACUACCCCUACGACGACCAGCCUUCCACGAGGUCGCUUGACUACGAGGUGCUCGAGGAGUUUGAGGAGGAGAUUGAGCGUUUAAGUCCAUACAAGUCCGCGGAGCUGAUGGACGAGGAGGGCGAGGACGAGGAGUCCGCAUCCUCUUCAAAGGGUGAGGACGUAGAUGCGUCCCGAGUGGUGGACGAGGCGUCCACUUCUGCUGUCAUUCCGUGCCCGAGGCCGGUGUCCGCCGUUAAGGGAGCUGCCAAGCCGAAAAGAGUGAGGAGGCCGAAGAGUGGGCCCGGCGUCUCCUACUUGGAUCUCACCAACAUCUACCUGAUAAAGCCGGAGAGCAGUGCGGCCGACUAUCUGGUUGCCCAGAUGUACGUGGGGCCGUUUGGGCGGGUUAGGGCGCCCAAGCUGACGGACCAUGUUCUUCUUCCACCACCGGGAUACUUUGGAGUAUACCCGAUGAGUUUUGCUAAGGGGUUGAGGUUUCCUCUUCACCCUUUCAUUACUGAGUACUUGGAUAUGGUAGGGCUUCCUCCGGCCUUGCUGACGCCGAACAGUUACUCCCUGAUGGUGGGGUUCUUGCUCCGGUAUGAGGAGUUGAGCUACAAGCCGACAACGGCAUUAUUUAUGAAUCUGUACCAGAUAGGCCGAGGAAGCCACAAGAACUGUGCGGCCUACGCGACUCUUCAGCAGCUGUCGAAGAAGAGGAGCUUCACGGAUUUGCCCAUGUCCAUUCAUGGGUGGAAGAGCAAGUUCGUGUUUGUGUCCAUUGGUGAGAGUGGCACCGAGUUUCCCUCCCUCGGCCACACCGGGAGAUUUAAUCUGCAUGACCCGCCGAAGAGCUCUAUUUUGGACGCUCAGGUGGAGGCUUUCCUGGAGGGGGGGCCGAGGAGCGUGAAAGAUUACAUCACUGAGUACAAGAUGGCCGCCCUCGGCUUCGUGAGGUACUACGUUUAUGGUGACAAGGAGGAUGACCUCCAACUCUGGUCGAGGAUGACCACCACCUUUGAGGAGGCCGACGGCCCGGACUUGGGCAUUCCUACUGAGGCCGAUGGUAAUUCCUUCUUCGGCUUUCUGUCUUUAUGUUUUGUCCUUUGCCUUACUAAUGUGUAUGUUUUUCCCUUGUAGAUUUUGUCAUGGACCGCCGUUCCAUGAUGGCUAUUGCGAAGGCCAAAGCGGCCGAGGAGAUUGCUGCUAAGGCGGCCGAAGCGGCCCGGCGUGCCGCUGCUGGUGGGAGCGGGGCUACUGCAGAUGCGGCCCCAAAGCCUGCCCCAUCCAAGAAAAAGAGACCGGCCACUGACGGCCAGAAAAAGUUGACCGAGGCCGGCGUGAGCGUCUCUAAGAAGACGAAGAGGGCUCCUUCCCCUUCUCCGGCCAGUGAGGUCGGUACGCUUGCUGUCCCCAGCGUGGGCGAUGGUGGUCCCGUCGUGGACCUUACUGUUGCUGGUGAUGCCGCCCCAGCGCUGCCUCUCGUCCAGGAACCACGGACGAAGAGGGCCGGCAAGGAGAUCGCCGGUGACACCUAUCAGAAAGUGAUAGAGUACCCCGUCGGCAGGGGCGUGUUUAAUGAGCUCGUCCCCGGCCACGUCGUCCUUGCCAAGGCCAUGCCGGCCAAAGAUCGGGCUCAUUUGAAGAAGCUCGAGGACCCGAAGAUUUAUGAGGGCGGCAUGGAUCUUCUCGUCCAAAGUGCCUUCAUGCUUAUGGAAAGCCAUAAGAGGCAGUACUGGGAGAUAGUCCGCCUGCAAGCGCUGGAGCAGAAGGCUGCCUCGGCCGACGAGGCGGUAGCUUGCCUUGACCGGCUCCGGGAGGAUGCCAAGGCACUGCAGGCCAAAGCUGAUGAGGCCGUCGCGGCCAGGGACGUUGCCCUGGUCAAGCUCGAAGAGAGCAAAAGGGAGCUCGCAGAGUCCCAUAGGGCCCUUGAGGCCGAGAAGCGCAGGAGCGAGGAGGCUGCCAAGGCGAAGGCUGAGGCCGAGGCCGCCGUCGUGAAGGCUGCCGAUGAGGCCGUCGAGAAGUUCUUGGCCGAGGGGUGGAAGGCCGAUGAGAGGCUCCCCUGGUGCUACGAAGUGGUGGCCGCCAGGCUGGAGAAUUGGGGGAUGAACUCCCCUGCCGGCCGGGAGUAUUUCAGCCAGGAGAUGUCCGUUUACUACAACCUGGGCCAGGAGCGGAUGCAAAGGCUCCUGUAUCGGCGGCUAUCCCGGGCGUUGAAGGCCAUGAAUUACACGGCUGGAUGGGCUAGACGGAACCUGAAGCUCCCAAAGCCGAUGAAGGAUCCCGAAGAGCAGGCCACGCUUCCGCUGUCGGAGCGGGAGUCCCCCAUAGAAAGCUCCGGCCUCGGCGAGCCGGACUACACUGAGUUCGACUUCCUUGAUGAUGCUACCAGUGCUGCACCUCAUGCCGGCCAAGAAGCUGAGGACGAAGGGGGAGCUGAUGAGGCCGAUGAGGCGGUCGCAGAUGGAGGUGCCCCCGAAGCUUAAUCGGCUAUUUUUUGUAAUUAGAUUUUCAAAUUUUUUGCCAAGUGAUGUAACGGCCGUAGUGCCCCCCAAUUGUAAUGAAAUUUAUCAAUUGAAGAAAUUUUUGCUGUCCUUUUCGGCCUUGAAUCCUUUGUGUGCUUGUUUGCUUUGUCAUUUCAAUUCUGUAAAUUGUCGAAGUAUCAAGUCAUAACUUGGGUCACCCGCGAGUGUCCGCUACGUCCGUGAGGUUGGCCUUCCCGUCCAGUAGUCUGGUCGGCCUAUGCCUCUUUGCUUUACUGUCAUAACACUUGGGAUUUCGUUUCAAAAAAUUUCCCAAGUGUUUUUGGGUCCAUGUAGUUUCAUAACACUUAGGAAUUUUUCAGAAUUUUUCUAAGUGUUUUGGGAUCCACUUAGGUGCUUUCCUUUCGGCCUGGUGGCCUGGUCGGCUUGACCGGUGUUCCUUUGCUAUCAUAACACUUAGGAUUUUUUCAAAAAAUUUCCCAAGUGUUUUUGAUUCCUUUUAGGUGCUUCCCUUUUUAGCCCUGACCGCAGUGUCCGUUCCGUCCAGGCGUUGGCGUCCUUAUCGUCCUGGCCUUGGAUUCAUCCCAGGUGUUUUAUCCAGGGCCGUUGUCGGCUUGUAUCCCUGUGUUCUGGCCGAUAAGGGCACCUUCACCAUAGUCUUGUGGAUUUUGAAUUUUUCACAAGUACACAUGUAGAGGUGUAGGUGGUUAACGGCUUCGUAGUAUGCUGGUACCCGCUUCGGCUAGAAUUCCUUCGUUUGAGUACUUAGAUAAUUUCCUGAGUAGAAAUGUCAGGUGUUUACGUCUUUGCGGUGCUAUUGCCGGCCAAGGUCUGGCUUGUGGCCGAUGAGGGUGCUGGAUAAGGAACAUCUUGUCCAAGGAGGUGGUCCUACCUUCGUCGGCUAGCCAUGGUUCCAGUGCCUUCGUCGGCUAGUCAUGGUUCCAUGGCAAGUAGAGGUCGUGUUUUGAUUACUUGAUCCUUUCGCGGGUGUGAUAAGUGCCCGCUUCGUCCCG